AGAACUCCUUUGCACAUUGCUUGUAGACAUACACACCUCGAGGUUGUCAAGUAUUUGACGGACCUCAAUGGUGUUGAUGUCAAUGCCAAAGAUAAAAGGUAUGGAUCCACCCCACUUGAUUUAGCAGCUGCAUAUGGAUCUGUAGGACUUGUAAGAUACAUGAUUGAAGACAAGAACUGCUAUGAUCCAGCAAACUACAAAGGCUCUAAUACACCACUGCAUUUUGCUGCAUACCGAGGAAACCUGCAUGUAGUUGAAUACCUAGUUGCAAACCGAGGCUUUGAUGUGAACGCAAAAGGUACCAACAACGGUACUCCACUUAAUUCUGCAUGCCGUGCUGGACAUCUCGAGGUGGUCAAGUAUUUGAUGGAUACAAAACUGAUAAUAGAUGAUUAUGGAGAAGGCAAAACUCCUCUUGAAAUAGCUGUUGAACAUGGAACUUUGGAAGUAGUUCAGCAUUUGAUUGAUGAGAGACAUUGCCAUUUUAAAUUUACAAGCAAAGAGGGAUUCACACUUCUUCACCGUGCUGCUCGUUGUGGAAAAAUGGAUAUUGUAAAAUAUCUAAUUGAAACCAAAGGUUUUAAACCAGACUGUAAGGGGUUAAAAAGCAGGACUCCACUUCAUUCAGCAUGUCUAGGUGGUCAAUACGAUGUGGUGGAUUACCUGAUAUACAAAUUAAAUGUUAAACCAUUGUCACCGGAUGAUGAUGGUAGCACUCCACUCCAUUCAGCUGAAAAGUGGUAAAAAGUCGGUUGUUGAAUUGAUAAUCACUGAAUUUGACAGUGAACUUGAAGUUAUUGACAGACACGGAAGAGAUGCAGCAACAAUUGCCAUGGAAAAGAGCUAUACAGCAGAAAUAUCGAGAUAUCUAUACAAUGUUAAUAAACUUCGCCAGAAUCAAUUGCGCAAUUCUCUGAAAAUGAGUUUGAAAAUCACAAAAGUCAUACCUACAGGAGAAGUAAUAGCCAGUGGAAAUAUAAUUGAGUUGAAAAUCCUUACUAGUGGGGAAAGAGUGGCUGGUAAAGUAUUUGAAAUAGACCAAGCAGACACCACUCAAUUAUUGAUGAAUAAACUUGAGUCAAUUAAACAAAAUGCUAAUAUCCUUAUGAAUAUUUCCAAUGAAAAUAUUGUUGGGAUCAAAGGAGUGAGUUUCUUACCCGACAGAAUUCUACCUGUACUUCUAAUGGAAAGAAUGAUCUCGAAUCUGGAUUCAUACAUCAAAAAUCAUCCAUCUUCCAGUUUAUCGCAAAGGAUUGAAAUAUUACGUUAUAUAGCCAGGGGGUUACACUAUCUUCACAGCCUGAACCCUCCAUUUAUUCAUGGACACCUCACUACAGAUAAUGUGUUGCUCGAUUUAGGGUUGAAGGCAAAGAUUGGUGGCUUUGCCAUUGCAUCCACCUCCCGGCGACCCAUAAAAACACAGUAUAUGCCCCCUGAAGCUCAGGGAGGUAUUGAACUAUCAAACCCUAGUGUGGACAUUUUCUCACUUGGACAUUUAGCUCUUUGCACCGUAGUGCGAGAAGAAGUAGGACGACUCCUUCCUUCUCAGUACAAUGAAGCUGGCAAGCCAAUUGUUCUGUAUGAAGUCGAUAGAUGGGCUUCUUCUAUGAAAAAUGCAGAGGAAAUACUGUCUGAACAGAAAUCUGUAUUUCAAGGUAUCAAAGAAUGCCUCUCUAAUGAUCCAAGUAAACGACCAUCUGCUAAAAAAUUACUAAAUAUGCUUGAAGCAGAUGGCAGUAAAGGAGAAUCAAAGGAUAAGGACAUCAUGGAAGGCACAAGUGAAAACGACAGAAGGCUCUAUGGGGAUGCAAUGACACAAGGCUACGUCGAGUCGGCUUUUGCUCUCCUGAUUCUUUUAGGUGUGACAGGAUCUGGCAAAAGCCUCUUCCAACGUCUUGUGUUAGGUUUACCAGUUCCCGAGUUUAGUCCCUCCACCCCCUUCGCCGAAUCAACUAUCCGCUCAAUGUCUAUCAGCAGAGUGGCAGUAAAUGAGAAAGGUUUUAAAUGGGUUAUUAUUGGUCCUCAAAAUAUGAUAGAACUGGUUGCAAAGGAAAUAAAAACUGGUCUCAAACCUCAAAACACAACCAAGUCUGUAAGUGACAAGGAUGAGUUUCGAAAACAGUUCGUAAGUGAACAAAAUGAUUCAAAUGGAGCAGGAAAAAUGGAAAGGGAAAAUAAUCCAGCCCCGCUAAAGCAAAAGUGUGAAGUACCUACAGAUCCAAACAAACAAAGUAAAGUUUUGCAACAAGAGAGUGAAGUACCUGAGACAACACAUAAUGCUCCCAGCAAACGCUUUUCAGAAAAUUUCCUUGAUGCUUUGAAGGGAAUUAAAAUAGACUCUGAUCUUAUGACUAACUCAUCAAAAGAUGUGCCUCAGAAGUUGAUGGAUAUUAAUUUCACGUACCUAUUAGACAGUGGUGGGCAGCCGCCAUUCAGAGAGAUGCUCCCACACCUUGUCCAGCAGUCUUCAGCAAUGGUUUUAAUGCAAAAACUCAAUGAGAGGUUGGACUUUAGGCCUACCAUCAGGUACCGAGAAAAAGAGGGCGAAGUGAGUGAAGGAUACACAUCCGAACUGACAAAUGAGCAGAUGCUCUACCAGUAUGUCCAGGCAGCUCAGUCACAAAAGUCGAAAGUCUUUGUAAUAGGCACUCACAGGGACAUGGAGGGUGAAUGUAAAGAUGAAACCAGAGAAAAGAAAAAUGAAAAACUAUUUGAAGCUUUUCGACCAGUUAUAGGCAAACAAAUGGAGCUGUACAAGGUGGGAAACCCUGAUCAGCUGAUGUUUCCUGUGGACAGCACAAGUCGUGGUCCAGAUGAUGAGGCAACAGCUGAAGAAUUCAGGAAGAAAGUGACAACUAGUUGCAUGGGACAGAAGGUAAAGAUCCCACUGCCAUGGUUUGUGCUGGAGCAAUUGCUGCAAUUGCUUGCAGAGAAGAUGCAGGUCAGAGUAUUGAGUAUUGAUGAAUGUUAUGAGGCUGCUAAACUUAAACUCCUUAUGCCUUAUACUGCCUGUGAAGCUGCUUUAACAUAUCUUGGAAAAUUAAAUCUAAUACUCUACCUUCCAAAUAUCCUUCCUGGGGUUGUAUUCCCUGAUGCUCAGGUAAUUCUGGACAAGAUUACAGAGCUUGUGCGAUGUAACCAUGCUCUAAGAACUUAUGAUAGUUGCACUGAUGCAAUACCAUCUUGUAUGCAAAGCAAUGAGAAGCUUGAACUCAGAGAUUUUGGACAAGUAAGUUCUAAUCUUCUGAACAAAGCCUUUUGUUCGCACUACAGAGACCAUCUUUUCACCUCUUCAGAUUUCUUGAAGCUUCUAGAAGGUUUGAUGAUCGCUGGUAAGCUUGAAAAUGGAGAGUAUUUCAUCCCCAGCCUCCAUCCCAACCUGCCAGAUGAUAAUAUUGCAAAUUAUCGUGUGACAUCAGUGAAAAACCCUGCACCACUAGUAAUCUAUUACCCCAAGAUGUGGGUGCCAGUUGGAAUAAUGCCUACACUUACAGUGUACCUUCGAAACACAUGCAAGUGGGUUCUUGCUGGGGGAAAGCCAGCCUGCCUGUACCACAACUGCAUCCAGUUCAAGUUAGUAGAUGGCAAGCCUGGUAGUACGGUUCUCAUUGAUUCAACCAAGUUUCUGGAGGUCCAUGUCUCAACAUCACUUGAAGUAGAUCCGAAACUGUGCACUAAAAUAGGACAAGACAUCAUGGCUGGCCUUAAGGAGGCUCAUAAGUCCCUCCACUAUGACUCAGCUGAGGCUAUGAUGGGAUUUCUCUGCUCGGGUGAGUGUGGCAAUAAAGAAGCCCAUCUCGCAACAUUGGAUCCAGAGAGAGAAGCAUGGCUAUGUUCCGAAAAUGGAAAUAAAGGAAACUACCUGAACGAGAGACAGAAGUAUUGGGAUGGAGCGUUGAAGAUAACUGCUAAAGGUGCAGCUGAACCACACGAGCAAAAGCAGGCACCAAGGAAGCAGGACACUACAAGUUCAAGUAUGCAUAUUGGCUAGUUGUGUAUAAUUAACCCUCGGCGUGCAUGCACAGCGAGGGUUACAGUAGUUGGUCUGUGUGUGUGUGUGUGUGUGUGUGUCUGUCCACGACUAUUCUCGCACUACAGGUGGCGUAAGAGCGAUACCAAACAUUUCAGUGCUACGCGAGCCUAAAAAAUAAAACGGCGAUUUUCCUGAAACGACUGCGUUCGAGAGAUAUGCCGUGAAAACAAGCGAAAAAGCCAAUAUGCAUAAUCGGCGCACUGGGCACCGCGACCUGAUCUGCUCGCUCUGUGUAUAUAGGCUCAGGAAGUCACAACGGUAUCGACUCCCGCAUGCUAUCUACUACUGUAGCUAGCCCUUGUCAGACUCUCCGCGAGCUACUAGUGGGAGACCACGAGUAAAUGCAUACAGCCCAGCCCGCAUCAAUUAGCUGUAUCGUGCAUGUUGUUCGCCGAGGGUUUGCACUUUAGCUAGUGCUUUUCAUUAUCAUAAUUUGUUUCAGGUGAAAACCCAACAAUGCCAAAACUGGUCAAGAUGAAAGUUCCUUCGCGAGUUGGACCAAAAAUAAAACAUUUUGGGAUAAUUCUGCUUCAAGAUGAUGGUGGUAACAAGGUGUCCAACAUCGCACGUAAGUGUCAGGAAAACCCAGAGGAAAUGGCAAUGGAGGUUCUGAUGGAGUGGCUGGCAGGGAAGGGGAUAGAGGUGUCGUGGAAGAGCCUCAUAGCAACUCUAAGACACUGUGAACUACUACAAGUGGCUAAAGACUUACAGAUGGCACUGGACAAACAACAAUCUUGAUGUGCUGCUAGUGUUAU